CUGCUACCAUGGGACUAAGAAUACCCAGCCUUUUGAUACUAUGGCUGGGCCUUUGUUAUGCAGGUGAAAUUAAAAAAGGAAGAAAUCCUAAUCAUGGCCACUAUGUCUGCAGUACCUGGGGGAACAACCACUUCAAAACUUUUGAUGGUGAUUUCUACCAGUUUCCUGGCCUGUGUGAUUACAACUUUGCUUCUGACUGCCAAGGGUCUUAUAGGGAGUUCUCUGUCCACAUCCAGCGUGAACUGAAUGAUCAAGGACACCCUGACAUCCAAUAUGUUCUUGUCACAAUUAAAGGUGUUGCAGUCUACCUCACUCACAAGAUGGUUGUGGUGGAUGGGCAAAUUGUAAGGACACCAUACUAUAGUUCUGGUAUCCUGAUUGAGAAGAGUGAUAUAUACACCAAGAUCUAUGCCAGAGUGGGGAUGGUUCUAAUGUGGAACAGAGAAGAUGCCUUGAUGCUUGAGCUUGAUGCCAAGUUUAACAAUAAUACUUGUGGUCUUUGUGGAGAUUACAAUGGGCAGCCAAUCUACAAUGAAUUUCUCUCCAAUGGCUUGAGUUACAAUGCAAUCACAUUUGGAAACCUACAGAAGAUUAGCAAGCCUAAUGUAGUAUGUGAAGAUCCUGAUGAGACACAUACUGUUGAUCUUUGUGACCAGCAUCGGGAUGAGUGUGAGAAACUACUGACUGCUCCUGCCUUUGCGGACUGUGAAUCCCGCCUGAAUCUGGAACAGUAUAUUCGAGCUUGCAUGCAGGACAAAUGCGCUUGCCAGCAAGCGGAGGACUCCUUCUGCCUCUGCAGCACCGUCUCAGAGUACUCGCGUCAGUGCUCCCACUCUGGUGGCAAACCUCAGAACUGGAGGACAUCGCAGUUUUGUCCUAAGUCUUGUCCUGGAAACAUGGUCUAUCUGGAAAGUGGCUCACCCUGUAUGGACACCUGCUCACAUCUGGAGAUUAGCAGCCUAUGUGAAGAGCACUACAUGGAUGGCUGCUUUUGCCCUGAAGGCACAGUAUAUGAUGAUAUUACUGGAAAAGGCUGUGUGGCAACAAGCCAAUGUUAUUGCAAACUUCAUGGGAAUCUAUAUUCCCCAGGGCAAAACAUCACCAAUGAGUGUGAAAAUUGCACCUGCCAGUCAGGUAGGUGGAUAUGCCAGGAUUUACCCUGUCCAGGUACUUGUGCACUGGAAGGAGGAGCUCACAUUACCACCUUUGAUGGGAAGAAAUACACUUUUCAUGGAGAGUGCUACUAUGUGCUGACCAAGAGCACUAAAAAUGACUCCCAUGUCCUCUUGGGAGAGUUGGGAUCAUGUGGUUCUACAGACAAACAGACAUGCCUAAAGACAGUAGUUCUCUUAAUAGACCACAAGCAAAAUAUUGUGGUUUUCAAAUCAGAUGGUACUGUAUUACUGAAUGAAAAUGAGGUCCACUUGCCACAUGUAUCAGCUAGCUUCUCAGUUUUCCAGCCAUCUUCCUACCAUAUUAUUGUACAGACAUAUUUUGGCCUCAAGCUGCAGAUCCAGUUGGUUCCAAUUAUGCAGUUGUUUGCUAUUGUGGAUCAAUCUGCCAAGGGAAUUCUCCAAGGUCUUUGUGGGAAUUUCAAUGGAAUAGAAGGUGAUGAUUUCAAGACAUCAGGAGGAAUGGUUGAAGCAACAGGGGCUGCCUUUGCUAACACAUGGAAAGCACAAACUAGCUGCACUGACAAGGUGGAUAAAUUGGAACACCCUUGCACUCUUAACCUUGAAAAUGAAAAUUAUGCUGAAUAUUGGUGUUCUUUACUGAAAAGUUCAGAAAGCCGUUUUGCCAGAUGUCACUCAGCUAUUGAUCCAGCAGAUUAUUAUAAGCGGUGCAAGUAUGAUACCUGUAGCUGUAAUGCCAAUGAAGAAUGCUUGUGUGCUGCCCUGUCAUCUUAUGCAAGAGCUUGUGCUUUCAAAGGGGUCAUGUUGUGGGGAUGGAGAAAUACUGUCUGCAAAAAAGAAGUCUCUUCCUGCCCUGCUACCCAGGUCUUCCGUUACAAUAUGACUGCUUGCCAGCAGACCUGCCGUUCACUUUCUGAAGGCGAUAAGCAUUGCUUGAAGGGCUUCAUUCCAGUGGAUGGCUGUGGCUGUCCUGAUAAUACCUAUCUGAAUGACAAGGGUGCCUGUGUGCCAGUUGCUAAGUGCCCGUGUUAUUACAAAGGUUCAUUCCUAGAACCCGAUGAAUAUGUCAUGAAACAGGAGGAACGCUGUGUUUGUCGUCAUGGAAAACUACAGUGUGUACCAGUGGCAAUAAGUGAUCAUGACUGUUCACCCAACAAGACAUAUUUUGACUGCAACAACAUUGACUCUUGGUCUUCCCAAACACCAGUACAACUUAGCUGCCAAACACUGGGCACCGAUCAUUUCCAGACAGAGUGCAUCUCAGGGUGUGUGUGCCCCAAUGGAUUGAUUGAUGACGGCAGAGGGGGAUGUGUUAAGGAAGAGCACUGCCCAUGUAUUCAUAACAAGGAGUUUUAUGAACCUGGAGAAGGAAUAGAUGUGGGCUGCAAUGAAUGUACUUGUCAAAAUGGAAGCUGGGUUUGUACCCAAUUUGUGUGUUAUGGGACGUGUAUCAUUUAUGGAAGUGGCCAUUACAUUACCUUUGAUGGAAAAUACUAUGACUUUGAUGGCAAAUGUGAAUACGUAGCUUCCCAGGAUUACUGUGGCCUUGGGAAACACCAUGGAUCAUUUAGUGUCAUCACAGAGAAUGUCCCAUGUGGAACCACUGGAGUCACCUGCUCCAAGGCCAUUAAAGCAUUUCUAGGGGGAACUGAGUUAAAAUUUGAAGACAAAGAUAAAGUAGAAAUUAAGUGGGAUCUUGAUAACCGUGUGACUUAUUGGACUUAUAAUAUUGGACUGUACCUUGUUGUUGAAGCCAGCAAUGGUGUUAUGCUCAUCUGGGACAAGAAGACUACUAUUUUUAUCAAGCUGACACCAAAAUAUAAAGGCAAAGUUUGUGGCUUAUGUGGUAACUUUGAUGACAAGGCCAACAAUGACUUCACAACAAGGAGCCAUGUCCAAGUAACCAGUGCCAUGGAUUUUGGAAAUUCAUGGAAAAAGGAUAGCGCAUGUCCAGAUGUGGAAGUAGACAUUGAGCCUUGUGACCAAAAACCUCAUCGCAGAUCCUGGUCAGAGAAGGAGUGCAGCCUCAUCAACAGCGAUGUUUUUAAAAUAUGUCAUCCCAAGGUAGACCCAAAGCCGUUCUAUGAAGCUUGUGUACAUGAUGCCUGUGCCUGUGACUCUGGCGGAGACUGUGAAUGCUUCUGUACUGCAGUUGCUGCCUAUGCACAAGAAUGUAUCAAAGCUGAAGCUUGUGUAUUCUGGAGGACUCCUGAUAUAUGCCCAAUCUUCUGUGACUAUUACAAUCCUACGGAUGAAUGUGAAUGGCACUAUGAGCCUUGUGGAAGUAAUAUCACAACUUGCAAGAUGCUUAACAAUAUUAGCACCAACUUUUCAGUGCUAUAUUUGGAAGGUUGCUAUCCUCGAUGUCCUCCAGAUAAACCUAUCUUCAUUGAAGAAACAAACAGGUGUGAGGCUAUUUGUGGCUGCUAUUAUGACGGUGUAUACUAUCCACCUGGCAGUCCAGUACCCACACAUGAGCCAUGUGAGAGAUGUAUCUGCAACGAAGCAGGAAAUGUGACCUGUAAGCCUAAAGAAGACUGCUGUGUUUAUGAUGGAAUAGAGUAUAAUAAAGGAGAUAUCAUCAAACGUGACCGUAAUGGAUCUUUCUGUUUCAACUUAACAUGUGGAGAAAAUGGCACCAUAGGGUAUACAAGUCUAACUUUGUGUGCUACAACUUCAGUUCCCACCACUGCCAUUUCAACAACAUCUUCCACCACGAGUACAGCCCCCACCACAACCUCUGUAUCUACCACAACUAAAUGCUAUGAAUACUGUCAGUGGAGUAAAUGGUAUGAUGUUAGCUAUCCCAAAGACGAGCCAGGAGGUGGUGACUAUGAGACUUAUGAAGCCAUAAGAAAUAAAGACGGAAACCAUUUUUGUUCAGCCCCCCAAAAUAUCGAGUGCAGGGCUAAAAAUUCACCUGAACAAAGUCUGGAAGAACUGGGACAGAAAGUGGAAUGUAAUGUUACUUUUGGGCUCAUUUGUAGAAAUGAAGACCAGGAUAAGAGCCUCUGGAACCUUUGCUAUAACUACGAGAUACGAGUCAACUGUUGUGAUAUAAUUUGUGGACCCAGGCCUACCACUACAACCACUCCUACCACUACAACCACAACUACCACUACAACCACAACUACCACUCCAUCUACCACUCCCACCACUACAACCACACCAACUACCACGCCAUCUACCACGACCACGACCACUACAACCACAACUACCACUGCAUCUACCACUACAGCCACACAAACCACCACACCAUCUACCACUCCUACCACUACAACCACACCAACUACCACAACACAAUCUUCUACUUCUACUCCUACCACAACUACUACCCAAACCACUUCAGCAGUGUGUACUCCCAGUACUGAAAUCUGUGAAUGGUCCAACUGGAUAGAUGUGAGUUACCCCCUUUAUGGCCCACAAGGUGGUGAUAAUGAAACAUAUGAUAACAUCAGAGCACAUGGCAUAGAGGUCUGUACAAAGCCCCUGAAUAUAUCCUGCCGUGCAGUGAAAUACCCUGAUCUCUCCUUCCAAGAGUUGGGCCAAAAAGUGGAAUGUAAAGUAUCAACUGGGCUUGUCUGUAAAAAUAAAGAUCAGGUUCCAGGGCCUGUGAUGCCUGUAUCUGCUUGUCUCAACUAUGAGGUCAACAUAUACUGCUGUAGAAUUAUAUGUGAAACUUUAACCACAACAAGUACAAUUCCUACUACUACUACAUCUCCCACAACCACAACUCCAAAACCCACAACUAGCACUAUUACCUCAUCAUCUACCACAACCUCCAUCUCAACGCCAACCCCAACCACUCCAACCACCACCACCCCAGAAACAACAAGUACCACCACCUCACCAUCUGCCACAACCACCACUCCAACUCCAACCCCAACCUCUACUACUGUGACUCCGACAACCACUAUCAUAGUAAUAACAAGUACUACAACCUUACCAUCUACCACAACUAGCACUCCAAGUCAAAACACAACCACUUCAAUUCCAACGACCACCACCCCAGAAUCAACAACUAUCACCACCACCUCACCAUCUACCACAACCUCAACUCUGACGCCAACCACUACUUCCACCACUUCAGGAUCAACUACAGCAUCAUGCAUUAUUAGGACUGAAAUAUGUGAAUGGUCCAGCUGGACUGAUGUAAGCUAUCCAAAAUAUGGUCCAGAAUAUGGAGACUAUGAAACCUAUGAGAACAUCAGAAACAAUGGCAUAUCAAUCUGUGACCAGCCACAGAAUAUUUCAUGUAGGGCAAAGAAGUUCCCAAGUGUCCCCAUCAAGGAUUUAGGGCAACUCGUGGAAUGUAAUGUUUCUGUUGGACUUAUUUGCAAUAACAAAGACCAGCUUGCCUCAAGUAUACUCCCAGUGCCCAUUUGUCUUAAUUAUGAGAUAAGUGUUUAUUGCUGUUCAGUCACAUAUAUAGACUAUUGCUCAACAUCAUCUUCACUGCCAUCUACUUCUUCUUCCACCACCACAAUGACAUCUACCACUACUUCAGUCACAACUACCACAGCACCACUGUCAACUACUACCAGUCCUAUAACUACGUCAAUAACCUCUACCACCUCUAUGACUACAACCACAACUACAGGAACACCAUCAACCAUGAUCUCAACAACUAUUGCCACAACUACUGAGACACCAUCUGCAACAACUCCGACGACAACAGUUCCCACCACUACUACCACAGGAACUCCAUCUACCCCUAGCCCUAGUACUAUAUCAGAGACUUCUACCAGUAUUACAACAGCAACAACUACAGCCAUGACUACUACAUCCUCCUGUAUCAUCUGUCAUUGGUCUGAGUGGAUUGAUGUGAGUAAUCCAAACUAUGAUGGAGGUGAUUAUGAAACUUACAAGAAUAUCCGAGCAAAGGGCAUAGAUAUCUGUCUGCAGCCAUUAAACAUUUCAUGCCGAGCAAAGCUAUUCCCCAGCAUCCCCAUUAAAGAGUUGGAACAAACACUGGUAUGUGAUAUUUCCACUGGACUAAUCUGCAACAAUAAAGACCAAGCCCAAGGCCAAGGAGGUGUGGCAUCACAGUGUCUUAAUUAUGAAAUUAGUGUUUACUGUUGCUCAGAUGUGUGCAUAUCAGUAAGCCCAACAACACCUGCCUCAACUACAACACCAACACCAAGUACAAAGAACAUUACUGCUGCUACUACUUCUAUGACUACUACUACAAGUAAGACCACACCUAUAACAACAACAAUACCUUGCACUACUGAGGAAACAGAAACAGGGACACCAGAGACUUUAUCUACUACAACAAUCAAGACCACCUCACUAAAAACGACGCCCACAAAGACUUCAAGUACCACUGCAACUUUGCCGACAACUACAUCAACAACUACCACUUCCACUCACAUACCAAGUACAACACAAUCCCCUACGACUAGAUCAACCACCCCAUCACCAACUACCACUUCCACUCAGACACCAACUACAGCAUCCUCUACCCCUACCCCAGUUAAAACUACCACCACAACUCAGCCCACAACCGGUCCUACCGAAACAUCAACCACAUCCUCAUCAACACCCACUCUAUCUUCUCCAUCAGCUACCCCUGAGACUCCAUCUACAACUACAUCAACCACCCCACCACCAACCACCACUUCCACUCAGACUCCAAGUACAACAUCCUUUACCCCUACCCCAGUUAAAACAACCACCACAACACUCCCCACAACCAGUCCUACAGAAACAUCCACCACAACCACAUCAACAAUCACACCAUCACCUCCAUCAACCACCCCAUCUACAACUACAUCAACCACCCCACCACCAACCACCACUUCCACUCAGACUCCAACUGCAGCAUCCUCUACUCCUACCCCAGUUAAAACUACCACCACAACUCUGCCCACAACCAGCCCUACAGAAAGAUCAACCACAACCACAUCAACAACAACUCCAUCUUCUCCAUCAACCACCCCUGAGACUCCAUCUACAACUACAUCAACCACCCCACCACCAACCACUACUACCACUCAGACUCCAACAACAACACCCCCUACCCCCACCCCAAUUGAAACUACAACCACAACAUUGCCCACAACCACUUCUACUGAGACAUCAGCCACAUCAACAACGACUCCAUCAUCUCCGACAACCACCCCACCACCAUCCACCACUUCCACUCAGACUCCAACUACAGCAUCCUCUACCCCUACCCCAGUUAAAACUACCACCACAACAUUGCCCACAACCAGUCCUACCGAAACAUCAACCACAUCCUCAUCAACACCCACACCAUCUUCUCCAUCAACUACCCCUGAGACUCCAUCUACAACUACAUCAACCACCACACCAACAGCCACCACUUCCACUCAGACUCCAACUACAACAUCCUCUACCCCUACCCCAGUUAAAACUACCACCACGACUCUGCCCACAACCAGCCCUACAGAAACAUCAACCACAACCAUAUCAACAACUCCAUCUUCUACAUCAACUACCCCUGAGACUUCAUCUACAACUACAUCAACCACCUCACCGCCAACCACCACUUCCACUCAAACUCCAACUACAACAUCCUCUACCCCUACCCCAGUUAAAACUACCACCACAACACUCCCCACAACCAGUCCUACAGAAACAUCAACCACAACCACAUCAACAACCAUGCCAUCACCUCCAUCAACCACCCCAUCUACAACUACAUCAACCACCCCACCACCAACCAUGACUUCCACUCAGACUCCAACUACAGCAUCCUCCACCCUUACCCCAGUUAAAACUACCACCACGACUCUGCCAACAACCAGCCAUACAGAAAGAUCAACCACAACCAUAUCAACAACAACUCCAUCUUCUCCAUCAACCACUCCUGAGACUCCAUCUACAACUACAUCAACCACCCCACUCCCAACCACCACUUCCACUCAGACUCCAACUACAAUAUCCUCUACCCCUACCCCAGUUAAAACUACCACCACAACACUGCCCACAACCAGUCCUACAGAAACAUCCACCACAACCACAUCAACAACCACGCCAUCACCUCCAUCAACCACCCCAUUUACAACUACAUCAACUACCCCACCACCAACCACCACUUCCACUCAGACUCCAACUACAGCAUCCUCUACCCCUACCCCAGUUAAAACUACCACCACAACACUGCCUACAACCAGUCCUACAGAAACAUCAACCACAACCACAUCAACCACCACGCCAUCACCUCCAUCAACCACCCCAUUUACAACUACAUCAACUACCCCACCACCAACCACCACUUCCACUCAGACUCCAACUACAGCAUCCUCUACCCCUACCCCAGUUAAAACUACCACCACAACACUGCCCACAACCAGUCCUACAGAAACAUCCACCACAACCACAUCAACAACCACGCCGUCACCUUCAUCAACCACACCAUUUACAACUACAUCAACUACCCCACCACCAACCACCACUUCCACUCAGACUCCAACUACAGCAUCCUCUACCCCUACCCCAGUUAAAACUACCACCACAACACUGCCCACAACCAGUCCUACAGAAACAUCCACCACAACCACAUCAACAACCACACCAUCACCUCCAUCAACCACCCCAUCUACAACUACAUCAACCACCCCACUCCCAACCACCACUUCCACUCAGACUCCAACUACAACAUCCUCUACCCCUACCCCUGUUAAAACUACCACCACAACACUGCCCACAACCAGUCCUACAGAAACAUCCACCACAACCACAUCAACAACCACGCCAUCACCUCCAUCAACCACCCCAUUUACAACUACAUCAAAUACCCCACCACCAACCACCACUUCCACUCAGACUCCAACUACAGCAUCCUCUACCCCUACCCCAGUUAAAACUACCACCACAACACUGCCCACAACCAGUCCUACAGAAAUAUCCACCACAACCACAUCAACAACCACACCAUCACCUCCAUCAACCACCCCAUCUACAACUACAUCAACCACCCCAUCACCAACCACCACUUCCACUCAGACUCCAACUACAGCAUCCUCUACCCCUACCCCAGUUAAAACUACUACAACACUGCCCACAACCAGUCGUACAGAAACAUCCACCACAACCACAUCAACAACCACGCCAUCACCUCCAUCAACCACCCCAUCUACAACUACAUCAACCACCCCACUCCCAACCACCACUUCCACUCAGACUCCAACUACAACAUCCUCUACCCCUACCCCAGUUAAAACUACCACCACAACACUGCCCACAACCAGUCCUACAGAAACAUCCACCACAACCACAUCAACAACCACACCAUCACCUCCAUCAACCACCCCAUCUACAACUACAUCAACCACCCCAUCACCAACCACCACUUCCACUCAGACUCCAACUACAGCAUCCUCUACCCCUACCCCAGUUAAAACUACUACAAUACUGCCCACAACCAGUCCUACAGAAACAUCCACCACAACCACAUCAACAACCACGCCAUCACCUCCAUCAACCACCCCAUCUACAACUACAUCAACCACCCCACUCCCAACCACCACUUCCACUCAGACUCCAACUACAACAUCCUCUACCCCUACCCCAGUUAAAACUACCACUACAACACUCCCCACAACCAGUCCUACAGAAACAUCCACCACAACCACAUCAACAACCACGCCAUCACCUCCAUCAACCACCCCAUCUACAACUACAUCAACCACCCCACCACCAACCACCACUUCCACUCAGACUCCAACUACAACAUCCUCUACCCCUACCCCUGUUAAAACUACCACCACAACACUGUCCACAACCAGUCCUACAGAAACAUCAACCACAACCACAUCAACAACCACUCCAUUUUCUCCAUCAACCACCCCUGAGACACCAUCUACAACUACAUCAACCGUACUACCACCAACCACCCCUUCCACUCAGACACCAAGUACAACUACAUUAUCCUCAACUACAAGUGAAUUUUCAAGCACAACACUACACAUAACCACCUCUCCUGAGACAUCAACAGCAGCCACAUCAACAACCACUUCUGAGACUCGAUCUACUACCACAUCAGGCACCCUACCAACAACUACUUCAACUCGUUCUCUAAGCACAACCACAUUUCCUCCUAGUUCCACAACUCUGACACCCACUACCUCUAUUAGCUCUUUGCCAACAAGUACUUCCACUGAAAGCAUAAUUACUACCACAACAAAAACUACCACUUUCCCUUCUACAACAUCCACUACUUCUGUCACAACACCUCUCACAACAAUAUCUACAAGUACCUCCACACAAAAUCCAACAACAACACAAUGCUACUGCGAAUAUGAAGGGGAAAUAUACUGGCCAGGUCAAACUAUUAAAAAAGGCGGUCAUGGAGAUGUCUGUUUUCUUGCCAACUGCUCAACAUGGUGUCAGAUAGAAUAUUUCUACUGGGAGUGUCCCAGUCAUACAAGCACAACAAUGUCAGCAACAAGCACAGUUGUACCAACUACAAGCACAGUAGUGCCAUCUACAACUAUAAAAAGCACCAAACAAACUCCACAUGUAGUGACAGCAAACACCACAAUUCCUCCUACAGCACCAACAAUACCACCAGAACCAUGUUUAAAUGGAACUGUUAAGCCAGGUGACUCUUGGUGGAUAUGCAAUUGCACCCAAGCGAUAUGCAUUGAUAAUGACAAAUGGGAGGUGGUUCCUGUAGUGUGCACACCACCACCUGAGCCCCAGUGUUCCAAUGACCUUGCUCCUGUGCAAGUGAUAGAUGAAGAUGGAUGCUGUUGGCACUGGGAAUGUGACUGCUACUGCACUGGCUGGGGAGACCCUCAUUAUAAGACAUUUGAUGGCUUCUACUACAGUUACCAAGGCAAUUGUACUUACACCCUGGUGGAAGAGAUUAACAAGAAUAUAGACAAUUUUGGGGUCUAUAUAGACAACUACCAUUGUGAUCCACGGGAACCAGUCUCCUGUCCACGCACACUCAUUGUGAGGCAUGAGACCCAGGAAGUGCGUAUAACAACAGUCAGAGAGGUCCCCCUGAAAGUACAGGUGCUAGUAAAUGGACAGACAGUGGCUCUACCUUACAAAAAAUAUGGUUUGAAAGUUUAUGAAUCUGGUGUAAAUCAAGUGGUGGAAAUUCCUGAAUUGAAAAUGAAUGUAACCUACAAUGGAAUGGCCUUCACAAUUAGACUGCCCUAUCAGCUUUUUGGCAACAACACUCAGGGACAGUGUGGCACAUGCACCAACGAUACAGCAGAUGACUGUAGGUUACGCAAUGGAACUCUUGCCUCUACCUGUGAAAUAAUGGCAGAUAAUUGGAUUGUUAAUGACCCAUCGAAGCCUCAGUGCUUUCCACUCCUCCCACCUCCAGGAUCACCAACGCCCCCACCCUCGGGGCCCUGCAAAUUUUCUCCUCUCUGUGAGCUCCUACAAAAAGGUGUUUUCGAGACAUGUCACAAAACUGUUGAUCCCCAGAAUUACUAUGCAGCCUGCGUAUUUGAUAGCUGCCGCAUUCCUGAUCGUAAUUUAGAGUGUGCAACUCUUCAGAUCUAUGCAGCAACCUGUGCAGAUCAAGGUGUCUGUAUUGACUGGAGAAAGCACACCAAUGGCUUAUGUUCCAUCCAGUGCCCAUCUAACAAAGUUUACAAGGCAUGUGGUCCUUCUGAAGAGGAGACUUGCAAAUCAGGCUUAACAGGAACUAAUGAAAUACAAGUGGAAGGUUGUUUCUGCCCUGAAGGGACAAAACUUUAUGAUGCUGGUGUAGAUGUCUGUGUAAAAACUUGUGGAUGUGUUGGACCAGAUAAUAUAGCAAGAGCGUUUGGGGAGACCUUUCAGUUUGACUGCAAGGACUGUGUCUGCUUGGAAGGAGGAAGUGGAAUUAUCUGUGAGAACCAUAAAUGCCCUCCAGCGCUAGAUGAGCCACAAUGCGAAGGAGAAGGAUUCCACAAGAUCUCUGAAGUCAACCCUGAUGACAAAUGCUGUUCUAAAGUAACUUGUGUAUGUAAUGGCAGUGACUGCACAAUCAGACCUCCUGCAUGUGAGCUAGGGUAUGAGGCUGUCUCUCAUACUCCCCCAGGCCGCUGCUGUCCUGUUUAUCAAUGUGCUCCCAAAGGAGUUUGUGUACAUAAUGGUGCUGAAUACAAGCCUGGUUCAAAAGUCUUAGGGGGCAAAUGCCAGGACUGUGUGUGUACACACGAAUGGGACAACAGUACUAAUCUGAAUGUCAUCAGCUGCGACCACAUUCCAUGCAGCGUGUCAUGUGAACCAGGAUAUUCUUUUGUGGCACAACCCGGUGAAUGCUGUGGGAAAUGUGUGCAAACAAGCUGUGUUAUAAGAACAAAUGAUAAUGUUUUCACUUUAAUACCUGGUGAACGCCGGAAUGAUCCAAAAGAUAACUGCACUCUUUACUCUUGUGUGAACAUCAACAGACAGUUGAUCUCCUCCACCUCCACAAUUAACUGCCCAACCUUUAAUGAGAAUAAAUGCCAACCUGGUACUGUUACUCUUUUGUCUAAUGGCUGCUGUAAAACAUGCAUUCCUAAGGAACCACAAACACCACCACCGUGCUCUCCCACUGUAGCAAAGGACUUUAUCAGUUACGAUGGUUGCCGUUCUGUGGAACAGGUCUCUGUGACUCAGUGUGAGGGAACAUGUGGAACUUUCUCACUUUACUCUGCGGAAGCUAACUCAAUGCAGCACAAGUGCACCUGCUGCAGGGAAGAAAAGACAAGCAAGAAGGAAAUCACGCUCAUAUGCCCUGAUGGAAGGAACCAGACACACCUCUACCUCCAUGUGGAAAGCUGUAAAUGUCUCGACACUGAAUGCAGUCAGUCACCCUCGUCAGAACAGGCCACCAUGAAACGUCGCAGGAGGCAGUUAACAAUAAAGUGAAGGAUGAGAAUAUAAUGAGCUAACCAACAAGUUAAAUGGGAAAAGGACACAAAAGUACUACAAAUGCUUAUCAUGUCCACAAAUAAUUCAGCACUUUGCCUUAUUUUCCAUUGUCUUGUUCAUCUGUACCCUCUUUGACUGUUUUUCUUCAUGUUUGCUUUAUUUAUUUGUGUAAAAAGGUAGAAGAAAAGAUUUUCUUCCCUUGAAUGUAAAAAGAAUGAGGAUUUUUAUCAGCUGGCACUUCAGCUUCUUUGCUUCAAAUAAUUAAAGAUAUUUCA